AUGGACGACAGUGGGGUGAUUGCGGGGGGCCAAGAAGACCUCCAACGUGUCCAUGUGGGCAAGAUCUUGGCACAGGCGGACGCCUCUCCAGCACUGAGGCCCUGGAGAGAUGAGUGCCAGACAGGCUGCGAUGGGGCCAGGCUCUUCACCAGCUUCCCCCAGACCAAGACCUACUUCCCGCACUUCGACCUGCACCCCGGCUCUGCGCAUCUGCACGCGCACGGCUCCAAGGUGGUGGCCGCCGUGGACGACGCGGUCAAGAACAUCGACAACAUCGCCCGUAGGGCAGAGGCGGGGCCACAGUGCGACCAGGGCAGUCUCCUGUCCCACUGUCUGCUGGUCACGGUGGCCUCGCACUUCCCCGCGGACUUCACGGCCGACGCCCACGCCGCUUGGGACAAGUUCCUGUCCGUCGUGUCCAGCGUCCUGACCGAGAAGUACCGCUGA